AAUCGUUCUUGUGGUUCACUUUAACACGGUCUGCAACAUUUUUUAAACUUGAUAGUGCUCUAUGUUGCGAAAUCAUUUUAGUUUUGUGAUUUCUCAUUCACGGCUAACCGGUUCUUUAGGAAAAAUUGGGAAAAAGUUUUUUAGGGUGACGGGAUUGCCGCGAGUCAAACAUAUAUUUUAGAAUUUUGUGUUAUCUUCCCGGAAUUUUGUCGCGAAGUUCGUGUCAAGACUUGGCGUCUACUUCACGUUUUUUCCUGGAACAAAAAAUACCCUGACCCGUACCAAGUGAGCUACGUGUUGCCACAGUCAGAAAGACUUAUUGAAGUUGUGUCCUACUAAAUUUUCUAUCACGAAAUGUCGCUUCGGCAGUACCGGAAACCAACGCACAGCGCAUUAAAUGGAGCCGCUAGCGCGAUUUCUACUGAAGGUAGUCAGAAACUAGAAUUAGUGCCGGGCAGAUUACGCAUCCAAACUCUAGCGGACAGUGAAAGUGAAGGAGAAAGUACCUCGGUCGAUUCUUCAGCAAUAUCGCCUAAGUUAGUUUCACCGGUUCCCAUUCCAAAGGUUGGGGUCGUGACUGCGCCCACUACUCAAACACAAAACGGCGCUGAACAAACAACGGUUCCUCCCACAGUUUUGACGGUAAGAGAAAAAGAGCUCUGUCUACAAAGGGUGCGUGCGGUGCGACCAGAUGUGGAUACAAUGACUGUGCAGGACGCGCUCGUUCGAAAUAAAUGGAGCGUUGAGCUAUCGUUGGAAGAAUUGAAAAGUUAUAUGCCGACCAAAAAACGUAUUUUAGACACUUCCCCUGCGGCUGCUGCAAUGAUACAGAAGGCUGCUCUGUUGAAUAGGACCAAUCAGAGUGCGAAUCCAGCAAAGAAACGUCGCGUACAACGUGCCAAUGCCGGUAGUGAUAGUGAUGACGAUUCUGAUCGACCUCCAGAACGUGUCUUCGAGAGUGACGAUGACAGCGAAGAUGACAAUUCCAACUAUACAAUGUCAAAAGAUCGCAGAGGGGUUUUCGACUUCCUCAACAAAGCGACGGUGAAUGAGCUUUCUGCUGUGAAAACUCUUUCCACCAGAAAAGUUGAAAUGCUCACAGAACUACGACCGUUCAACAGUUGGGAAGAUUUAGUGGACAAACUAAAAUCGCACAAGUAUCUCAAGACCGACAUCCUAAACCACACUCAGGAAUAUUUGUCACGAAGGAACAGUCUGGUGACUAUUAUGAAUAAAUGUCGAAAAAUGGUCCAAAAACUUGAGGCUGCCAUUGCCGUAGGCGGUGGGCUAAUGGACCAACCGUCAAACAUUCCAGAAGGUUUCAAAUUGGCGGAAUAUCAAAUGGUUGGAUUGAACUGGUUGAUCGUGAUGCAUCGGAAUGAUAUGAAUGGAAUCCUUGCCGAUGAAAUGGGUCUAGGGAAGACGAUACAAGUCAUCGCUUUCUUAGCACAUUUGAAGGAGAACGACUUGAAUCACCAACCGCAGCUUAUCGUUGUUCCAUCGUCAACUUUAGACAAUUGGGAUAAUGAGCUACGGAAAUGGUGCCCAGAACUGAUCGUUAUGAAGUACUACGGUAGUCAGGAAGAGCGACGAAUGAUCCGAAUUGACUGGGCGAAGAAUGGAAUUUCCGAUGUCGAUGUUGUGCUAACUACCUACCACAUGAUGGGUGCUUCCGGCGAGGAGAAAAAAAUGUGGCGAGUGACACCGUUCCAAUAUGUGAUAUUCGACGAAGCACACAUGUUGAAAAACAUGACCACCCAAAGGUACGAGAACUUGCUGCGCAUUCAGGCCGCAAGACGAAUUCUGCUUACUGGCACACCACUGCAAAAUAACCUGCUAGAACUGAUGUCCCUGUUGUGUUUCGUCAUGCCAAAACUGUUCGGUGGCAAGGUGGAAGAUAUCAAAACUUUGUUCCAGGGUAGAAUUAAAGGAUCUAAAUCGGAAAACGGAGAAGAUCAAACAACGUUUGAGAAGAAUCAAAUUGAACGUGCAAAACAGAUUAUGAAACCAUUCAUUCUGCGACGUUUGAAGAAAGAUGUAUUGAGCUUUCUGCCUCCAAAAACGGAGAAAAUUGUCAAAACUCCUAUGCUAGACUCUCAAAAGGAAAAAUACCAUUCGCUGGUGAAUGAGUACCAAACUGUCACCGGUGUUAUCAAGUCUAGUACCGAAAUCAGCGGCAUGUCGAUCAUGAUGGAUAUGCGGAAACUGGCGAACCAUCCGUUACUGUUGAGGUAUUACUUUUCCGAUGACGACGUUCGGAAGAUCGCACGUAAACUUGCCGGUGACUCAGACUACAAGGGAAACAACAUCGACGAAGUAUUCCAAGACAUCGCGUACCUGUCCGACUUUAAACUGUAUCAGCUUAAGGAAAAAUACACAAGUUUGUUUGACCUCCAGAUACCUAACAAGUUAGUGGAAGCUUCGGGUAAGUUCCGCCAACUGGAUGAGCUUCUACCGAAGCUUAAGAGCGAUGGGCAUCGAGUGCUGAUCUUCAGCCAGUUUGUAAUGAUGCUGGAUAUCAUUGAAAUGUACCUGGCUAUACGCAAGUAUGGAUACUUACGGCUGGACGGUCAAACAGCAGUCACUGAACGGCAGGAAUUAAUCGAUCAGUACACCCAAGAUUCCAAUAUCUUCAUUUUUCUUCUUUCCACUCGGGCUGGAGGUUUGGGCAUUAAUCUUACCGCGGCAGAUACUGUUAUCAUCCAUGACAUAGACUUCAAUCCGUACAACGACAAACAAGCAGAGGACAGAAGCCACCGAAUGGGCCAAACAAAGCCAGUGACGAUUUACAAGCUAAUUUCGGAGGGAACGAUCGAAGAAGGUAUGCUGAUGAUCGCUCAGGAAAAAUUGCAACUCGAGAGAGAUGUUACAGAAGAAGGCGCAGACAAGAAAGAACAUAAGUGCAUGGUUCGUUUAUUGACGAUGGCUCUAGGUAUGGACGAGAAUAAAGCAGAAACCAUUCUCAAGAAUGACUCACCUCAAAAACAACGCGAAGAAGCUGAAUUUUAAACUGUAUUUGUUAAUGAUUUUCGUUGUGGAGCUGACUCGAGAGAUGUCAGCUACUGAAAUCUUUUCGUUUGUCUUACAUUGUAAAACUCUACCGAUUCGAAUUUGCACUACACGCAUGAAACGUAAACAUUGGUUAAAACUGAAUAAUUCUCCAUCCACGACCGAUACGAAACAAAAUACGGAAAUGAGAAUAUGAGCACUGCACAAGUGUUUUGUUACUAUUAUACAAAACUAUUAGAAUAUAUUUAGUUUUAAGUUGAACUCGUGUAUUUCGAUUAGGGCUACCCUGUUGGCAGAUGAGAUUCGUGAAAACUCACUUCUGCUUUCUAGAGUACAAUUGCAUACAGUUCCAGUGAGGCAUACUCUCGUUAGAAUCAAGAUACAACUAUUUAAUUCAAUUGUAAGAAAACCUUAUAUCAUAAGCAGAUAAGUUAUAAAUAGUUAUAUUUUUGAAUAUGAAGCAUUUUUAUGUUCGAAUA